AUGUCCGCAUAUUGUCAAGCCAUCAAGUCCCUUGCUGACCAAUUUGCUAAUGUCGGUGCCCCACUUGAUAAUAAACGUCUUGUUCUACAUCUUCUUGCUGGUCUCACGGAUCAGUACGAACUCCAACAAAAAGAACCCACCCCUUCGUUUUAUGAAGCACGAUCACAGUUGUGCAUGAUAGAAAGUCAAAGGGCCGAGAAAGCCUUGUAUGCCGCUAACCUCGCCAAUCAAGCCCUGACUACCACCACAUCUAAAAUCCCAUCCCCAAACACCUCCCACCCGACCAACCAGACUGAACCCAACCCCAAUCCCACUUGCGGCCGAGGCCGGUCACGGGGACGUGGCCGUGGCCGGUCCUCUUGGUCUCGGGGCUACAACCCUGGUCGUGGCCAACCCUACAGUGCAUGGACCUCCCCUACUACCUACACUUGGACCAUCCCCAACCCGAACACCAACUCCGCUUCACCACCACACUGGCUUUCCUGGUCCGCAGCUCCACCACCUCCUUGCCCCUACCCCACCACCGCAUACUAA